AUGACUGGGCGAGCCAGAGCGAGAGCAAGAGGAAGGGCUCGUGGUCAGGAGAUGGUGCAGCAUGUGGGCGCCUCUGCGAGUCAGCAGCCUGGUUACCUUCAGCCUCGACCUCAGCAGCCACCUGCAGAGGGGGAGUUAGUUGGCCGUGGACGACUAAGAGGAACAGUAGGAGCAACAGCGAAGUCACAAGAACUCCAGAUAUCUGCUGGAUUCCAGGAGUUAUCAUUAGCAGAGAGAGGAGGUCGUCGUAGAGACUUUCAUGAUCUUGGUGUGAAUACAAGACAGAACCUAGAUCAUGUGAAAGAAUCAAAAACAGGUUCUUCAGGUAUUAUCGUAAGGCUGAGCACUAACCAUUUCCGAUUGACAUCCCGUCCCCAGUGGGCCUUGUAUCAGUAUCACAUUGACUAUAAUCCGUUGAUGGAAGCCCGAAGACUCCGCUCAGCUCUUCUUUUUCAACAUGAGGAUUUAAUUGGAAGGUGUCAUGCUUUUGAUGGAACGAUAUUAUUUUUACCUAAAAGACUACAGCACAAGGUUACUGAAGUUUUUAGUCAGACUCGAAAUGGAGAGCAUGUGAGGAUAACAAUCACCCUGACAAAUGAACUCCCACCUACGUCACCAACUUGUUUGCAGUUCUAUAAUAUUAUUUUCAGGAGGCUUUUGAAGAUCAUGAAUUUGCAACAAAUUGGACGGAAUUACUAUAACCCAAGUGACCCAAUUGAUAUUCCAAAUCAUAGGUUGGUGAUUUGGCCUGGCUUCACCACUUCCAUUCUUCAGUAUGAAAACAACAUCAUGCUCUGCACUGAUGUCAGUCACAAAGUCCUCCGAAGUGAAACCGUUUUAGAUUUCAUGUUCAACUUGUUUCAUCAAACCGAAGAGCACAAAUUUCAAGAACAAGUGUCUAAGGAACUGAUUGGUUUAAUUGUUCUCACCAAGUAUAACAACAAAACAUACAGAGUAGAUGAUAUUGACUGGGACCAGAAUCCAAAGAGUACGUUUAAGAAAGCAGAUGGCUCUGAAGUCAGCUUCUUAGAGUACUACAGGAAGCAAUAUAACCAGGAAAUCACUGACCUGAAGCAGCCGGUUUUGGUCAGUCAGCCUAAGAGGAGGAGAGGCCCUGGCGGCAUCCUGCCAGGUCCGGCCAUGCUUAUCCCAGAGCUCUGCUACCUCACAGGUUUAACUGAUAAAAUGCGUAAUGAUUUUAAUGUGAUGAAAGACCUGGCUGUUCAUACAAGACUAACUCCAGAGCAAAGGCAGCGUGAAGUCGGAAGACUGAUUGAUUAUAUUCAUAAAGAUGAUAAUGUGCAGAGGGAGCUUCGAGACUGGGGUUUGAGCUUUGACUCCAACUUACUGUCCUUCUCAGGAAGAAUUUUGCAAGCAGAAAAGAUUCAUCAAGGUGGAAAAACAUUUGAUUACAAUCCACAGUUUGCAGAUUGGUCAAAAGAAACAAGAGGUGCACCAUUAAUUAGUGUUAAGCCACUAGAUAACUGGUUGUUGAUCUAUACUCGAAGAAAUUAUGAAGCAGCCAAUUCGUUGAUACAAAAUCUAUUUAAAGUUACACCAGCCAUGGGCAUACAAAUGAAAAAAGCAAUAAUGAUUGAAGUGGAUGAUAGAACUGAAGCCUAUUUAAGAGUCUUACAGCAAAAGGUUACGUCCGAUACCCAGAUAGUUGUUUGUCUGUUAUCAAGUAAUCGGAAAGACAAAUAUGAUGCUAUUAAAAAAUACUUAUGUACAGAUUGCCCUACUCCAAGUCAGUGUGUGGUGGCCCGAACCUUAGGCAAACAACAGACUGUCAUGGCUAUUGCUACAAAGAUUGCGCUGCAGAUGAACUGCAAGAUGGGAGGAGAGCUUUGGAGGAUUGAUAUGCCUCUGAAGCUGGCGAUGAUAGUUGGCAUUGAUUGUUACCAUGAUACCACAGCUGGACGGAGGUCAAUUGCAGGAUUUGUGGCAAGCAUCAAUGAAGGGAUGACUCGCUGGUUCUCUCGCUGUGUGUUUCAAGAUAGAGGACAAGAACUAGUAGAUGGGCUGAAGGUCUGCUUGCAAGCUGCUCUAAGGGCUUGGAAUAGCUGCAAUGAAUACAUGCCUAGUCGAAUUAUUGUGUAUCGGGAUGGUGUAGGAGACGGUCAGCUUAAAACAUUGGUGAACUAUGAAGUUCCACAGUUUUUGGAUUGCCUGAAAUCUGUUGGUAGAGGUUACAACCCAAGACUAACGGUAAUUGUGGUGAAGAAACGUGUCAAUGCCAGAUUUUUUGCUCAGUCUGGAGGAAGACUUCAGAAUCCACUUCCUGGAACAGUUAUUGAUGUAGAGGUUACCAGACCAGAAUGGUAUGAUUUUUUUAUCGUGAGCCAGGCAGUGAGAAGUGGUAGUGUUUCUCCCACACACUAUAAUGUCAUCUAUGACAGCAGUGGCCUGAAGCCAGACCACAUACAGAGGUUAACUUACAAGCUAUGUCACGUCUAUUAUAACUGGCCAGGUGUCAUUCGUGUUCCUGCUCCUUGCCAGUAUGCCCACAAACUGGCUUUCCUUGUUGGCCAAAGUAUUCAUAAAGAACCAAAUCUGUCACUGUCAAAUCGUCUUUACUACCUCUAA